AUGAUCUCAAAUGCAAAUCUGAAUAGAAUGCGCAACAAGCUGAAUUCCGAAGCAGGUGAAGCACCAGCAGCAGUGACAGCUAAAAGAUCAUCCCCGCAGGAAGCAGGGGGUGAAAGACUGCGUCGCAUCUCUUCCACUUUCGAGUUUGUGAGCAAUGUCAAGGCCGGAAGCUGCUCGGGUCUGCCCCACGAGGACAACGAAGCGGAUGGGCGAGAGGAGCGGGCCGAGGUGCUCAUAUGCAGCCAGGUGAUGCCCCAUGCUCCAGCUCCAGCCCCAGUCGCUCUGCCAGAGCAGGAGAAGGAGGAGGAGGAGAAUUUGCCGUCGCUUGAUGACUGGGAAAGCAGAUAUUCACGGGCACCGGGAUCAUCGCGUGCCAUCGAACGCUGGCAGCAGCUGAGCAGCAAGGUGACGUCUCUGUUCUGUGCACGCCGCUACACCGACAGUUGGGAGACGCCUGUGGCCAAGACGCGACGUCUACGCGAGCAGCGGGAAGUGCUACAGAUCUUCACCAGACCCUUCCUCGUGAAUCAACGCAAGCGGGAGUAG